CAUAAUCUCCCCAGCAUGUUACGGAAGUUACUCCUCACCCCUACCUGCUCUCGAGCAAUGGGUGCAUUCGCCGCUGCCCCGACCCCCGGCCAACAAGCAAUCUUCGACAAAGAAUUCAAGUAUGGGGCUCACAACUACGGACCACUCCCCGUAGCCUUGGCACGAGGACAGGGAGUUAAUGUCUGGGACACCGACGGCAAGAAGUAUUUUGACUUCCUGGCGGCGUACUCAGCAGUGAACCAAGGUCACUGUCAUCCCCGGAUUGUGGCUACGUUGAAGGAGCAGUGCGACAUCCUCACCCUCACUUCCCGCGCUUUUUACAACAAUGUGCUGGGAGAGUACGAGGAAUACAUGACUAAACUGUUUGGGUUUGACAAACUUCUCCCCAUGAACACGGGAGUAGAGGCAUGCGAGACAUCCGUUAAGUUGGCCAGAAAGUGGGGUUAUGAGGUGAAGGGAAUUCCAGAGAACCAGGCUAUAGUGUUGUUUGCAGAGGAUAACUUUUGGGGACGUACCAUAGCUGCAUGCUCCUCUUCCUCCGACCCGUCCUGUUACACAAACUUCGGUCCUUUCACCCCAGGGUUUGAAAUGGUGCCAUUCAACAACCUGGCAGCCUUGGAGGAGAAACUUGCUAAUCCUAAUAUUUGCGCCUUUAUGGUGGAACCAAUCCAGGGAGAGGCAGGAGUUAUUAUUCCUGAUGAUGGGUACCUUAAAGGAGUAAGAGCCCUGUGUGAUAAACACAACGUGCUCUGGAUAGCAGACGAAGUACAAUCAGGUUGUGGUAGAACCGGUAAAAGGUCAGCUUGCGAGUGGGAGAAUGUGAAACCUGACAUGGUGACCCUCGGCAAAGCUCUUGGUGGAGGGGUGUUCCCUGUGUCUGCAGUCCUGACUUCUGAUGAGGUCAUGUUGUGCAUCAAACCGGGGGAGCACGGCAGUACCUUCGGUGGGAACCCUCUGGGGUGUAAGAUAGCCAUGACAGCCAUGGACGUGCUUGAGAACGAGGGAUUGUACGAGAAUGCCCAGAACAUGGGAAAUAUCCUGGUAGAUGAGCUGAGGAAGCUACCCAAGGACAUCGUUGACGUGGUCCGAGGUCGGGGUCUGUUCUGCGGGGUGGAGAUCAAGGAGACGGAGUCCUUCAACGCGUGGGAGGUGUGUCUGAAGCUGAGAGACGCGGGACUCCUGGCUAAACCUACUCAUGGUCACAUCAUCAGGUUCACUCCUCCUAUUGUUAUCAACGAGGAUGAAAUGAAGGAGUGCACUGAUAUUAUCUGCAGUACUAUUUCUAGCUUCCAGUAAAGAGGAUAUUAUCUGCAGUACUAUUUCUAGCUUCCAGUAAAGAGAAGCUCUGUAGAUCUGCUCCUUGGUGCUCCUUGGUGCUCCUUGAUCUGCUCCUUGGUGAGCUCCUCUUUAAUACCUCCCUCGUGCCGGCAAGUAAUAGUCUCAGAUAAACCCAGGAACUAUCUGACUCAUAUAACAAGUAGUUUCACCAUCACAACCUUCAAUGUAGUUCUCGCUGUAAGGAUGAGUUAUAAUAUAAUUUGCAAGUCAUCUAGAUUCUAGAUGCGCUCUUUAAAUCCGUGCUCAGUUUUAUUAAUUUAUAAGUAAUAUUAUUAAUUUUAUUAGUGUUAUAUAAAUUAAACUAUUUAAUAUUGUUCGUGUGAACUCAGUUGCUUCUAUCGAGAAGUCAUUUUUAUUUCACGAAUAUCAGGGAAAAUAUUAUGGGAUUCAUUAAGAAUUAUAUUUUAUUUACAGUUCAGUUUUAAGAACUUAGCUGAGAUUAUAUUCUUAUCUGUAUUUUGCUGAGAUUCAAAUAGUUUUUAAAAUGUCAAAUUCCUUAUUAUAUUUCUAGCUUGUGUUAUUUUCA